CUGACUCAGCCAACUCCAACCUUUUUAUUAUAGGCUACGUGGGUUGGUCCCGAUUUCAACCCUAUCUAAGGAAUGUUGCCAAACUCACAGGCUGACGGCAAAAAGGAACUCAAGGACUUUGGAAGCGAACUUCGUCCAUACACAAACUUGCAGCAAACCAAACAUUCUUAAAACCAAGCAUUCAACUGUUCUAUCGGGGUGUUCAGUUGUUUGAUGACUUUUGUUGGUGCUUCACUCGUUUGUAGGCUAUAACCUUUAAAUUAAUAUUAAACGUUAGGAUAGGCCAACUAGAGGAGUUUCAUAGGUGAAACAGGCAGCGCUUCUCUCCGGCAACGCAUUUGCCAUAUUGGACACAGACAAUUUUUAUCAUUGCACACUCUCUCAAGAGGAAGAAAAAACACGAUUAUAGUCCAUCGACAGAACUCCUUUUCGCCUUCAUGAAUGGUGAGCGCAAAUCUGUCAUGAAGGAUAUUUCUGCUGACUAUAUGUCAAAAUGUAUGGAUCCGUGAGCAAAAUGUUAAUCAAAUGUUUUAUUUAUGAAAUAACGACAUAUUCGUUUUCAUAAACGUUUUUAUAUAAACUGGGUAUAUAAUGUGUGGUUUAGGCUACAAACUUCUGACAAAAGACUGUUAAAUUACGCAAUAGGGCAAUCCUCCUAUUUUUUAGGCUCAGUCCUAUUAUUGCCUCACUGUUUUGUUAACUGGAAUAGGGCUAUGACUUUAAAUUCUUAUUAAUGUGGCCUAUUUGAUAAAUUCCGUUUUCUUAAACAUUUUUUCAACUCUGACGGCCUAUCAGCGUAAACGCCGUUUUUUGGACUAUGGAGAUUCCAGUUGGAUUAGGAGGAGUUUGUGACUCCCCAAACAUAGUUUUUCGCGGACCUUUCCAAAACGUUUUCCACAACGUGAAAGCUACACUGCCUAGUAACACUACUGUCACCGAAACCUUGGACUUUUCUAGUUCGUACAGUUUCAUGCAGAAUAAACACCCCUGGGAGAUGCGCCAAACUAACCGGCAAUCACCCCGAAAAGAAAUAUCGUCAGGGACGGCUCGCAAUUCUGACAUUGAAGUGAGGGAAGAUGACAGCAUUAGUUUUUCCAGAACACUCGAAUCGGAUGCAAGUCGUAUCCAUUUUGCCAAAAGCUCAACAGGAAACAAAACCGGGUUUUCCUCUGUGAACGAAUCAGACUAUCCAAACGCGAAUGGAUACGGAUCCUGUCGCUCUGGACCGUUAGCCUGCAACACUAAACAACAGUGCUGUCAACCAGCUGUGCCCCAUCACGGAGUGGAGUUAAGUCCUAACAGUUACGCCCGUGUGGCGAACAGUUGUUCCAAUUCUGCCUGCACCACCAUAUCAGAAACGGCGAGGGAGCUCUGCAACGCUGUCUCUGUGUCGCUGGGAUUGACCAUGGACUUGAAUGAGAUGAAUGACCUGGGACCAAAUUACGCACCAUCCAGUGCAAAUGACCAAAGUCAAGGCAACUAUUUGUUUCAGGUGCCUCUAUUGAAUUGUUCUGGAGCUGAAGAAAACGUCUCCAUUACAGAAUACAAAUGCCCUAGUGAGCGCAAUGCCAGGCCACUACAAAGUGAUAAACGAGUUGAGAUGUUUAAAAGUUCCCCAGCAAAUGACCUUACAGAAGAAGUGGCGACCAUGGAGCACCUUAGCUCCAGACAUCCAUCCACAGAUGAACAGGACUUUAGACUGAAUGAAAAGAGUGAUGACCCGACUUCAAAAGAAACAGAGCAUUCUUUGAAUACAAGAGCACGCUCUGCAUCUUGUCAUUUUGACCCACUGUUGCCAGCACACUUGGCACACUUCAGUCAAACUGACCCAGACAGAUUCUCGUCUCAUGUCAUCCCAGCACAUGUCUGUGAAACUGGAGAAACAAUGGAGGACAAAUAUGCUGARUACUUACAACAACAGUACAGUGUCAAGAUAAAAUAUGAGGCCAUUAGUAAUGAACCUGCCGGAACGUCAUGGGGCUAUCAGUACAACAGGUAUAAUGACAAUGACAACACACAAUAUGGACCGAGGCAGGGUAUGAAUCCAUACAGUGCGGGACCAGACUCCGCGUUCAUUUGUAACCCUUAUGAAUAUGAGCGGGGUGGUGGUCUGGUGCGCAGAGAGCGGCCAACUUCUGAGCAGUGGUACCCGGGCGGGAUGCUAGGGAGGAUGCCCUAUCCCAACUCCCCGUACUUAAAGAAUGAGGUCGGGGACUGGCUGGAUGUCUCUUACACAGAUGCCAGGUUUGAGGGUGGCAGAGACCACAUGUUCCCCAUGGAGUUCUUCUUCCCGCCCCAGAGGACCUGUCUGAUCUGUGCAGAUGAAGCAUCUGGCUGCCACUAUGGAGCGCUAACCUGUGGCAGCUGCAAAGUGUUCUUCAAGAGAGCUGCAGAAGGUAAACAGAAAUACCUGUGUGCCAGCAGAAACGACUGCACCAUCGAUAAGCUGAGACGGAAGAACUGCCCAUCAUGUCGACUGAGGAAGUGUUUUGAAGCUGGGAUGACCCUCGGAGCACGUAAACUGAAGAAGAUUGGACAGCUGAAGAGCCCGGAGGAGGAUCUGCCCACCCAAGGCCCCACUGAUGCCAUCCAGUGUGUCUCUCCCCAGUCCGGCCUGACCUUCCAUUCCCAGCUGGUGUUCCUCAACAUCUUGGAGUCCAUCGAGCCAGAGGUGGUUAAUGCGGGACAUGACCAUUGCCAACCGGACUCAGCUGCUCUGCUGCUCACCAGCCUCAACGAACUUGGGGAGCGCCAACUGGUCAAAGUGGUCAAGUGGGCCAAAGGCAUGCCAGGUUUUCGGAAUCUGCAUGUGGAUGACCAGAUGACAGUAAUCCAGCAUUCAUGGAUGGGGGUGAUGGUGUUCGGCUUGGGAUGGAGGUCCUACAAAAAUGUCAAUGCCAGAAUGCUCUACUUCGCCCCAGACCUUGUUUUCAAUGACCAUCGGAUGCACAUCUCCAGCAUGUUCGAGCACUGCAUACGGAUGAGACACCUCUCCCAGCAGUUUGUCCUGCUGCAAGUCACUCAGGAAGAGUUCCUCUGCAUGAAGGCCCUGCUCCUCUUCAGCAUCAUUCCAGUCGAUGGUCUUAAGAGUCAGAAGUACUUUGAUGAAUUGCGGCUGACCUACAUCAAUGAACUUGAUCGCGUCAUUAACUAUGGAAGGAAGUCCAACUGCUCUCAGAGGUUCUAUCAGCUCACCCGCCUCCUGGAUUCCCUCCAACCGAUCGUGAGGAAACUCCAGCAGUUUACAUUUGAUCUGUUUAUCCAGGCCCAGUCUCUGCCCACCAAGGUCAGCUUUCCAGAGAUGAUUGCCGAGAUAAUCUCAGUGCAUGUGCCAAAGAUCCUGGCAGGCUUGGCCAAACCAAUCCUUUUCCACAAGUAGCAAGUAGCAGGAUUUGCCAUCCUCCCGAGAAAAUCUGAUCCGAUCCAAGCUGACUCUAUAACCCUACAGAGCCAAGGCUCUUGGUUUCCCUGCCAUUGUUUUCUCUCUCUCAGCUCCUUUUCUUUUUUAUCGAAUAGCUCAACAUACCAUUUUUAAAUCAUUACAUCAUCACGGUAGUUUAGCUGCUUAUCAGACAUAAUUGAGAUCAUUUUCUCAAAUAGGCAGCAAGGUUUUAGCAUUUAUAUCAAGAGUUGCAAGGUGUCACCGUGUUGACGGCCAUAUCUGUCCUGUAUUUCAAGAACAAAUAUCACACAAGACCAGUGGGGUUAUGUCAAAUGUAAGAAACAGAAGAAUACCAUUCGUUGACUGAAUGAAAAUAAAACUAAUAAAACUAAAUAAUAAAACUAACAAAUGCAGAAAUUGUUAAAAAUAUCUAUGCAUAUCUUUACUUUUGGAACUUUCAUGAGAUUGUGCUAUGUUCAUUUAAAAAACAACUACCAAAAGGAAUGUGGAAUUAGUCGUUUACAGCAUACUCACAUACAUACACAAUAGUCUAUCUGUAUUUACUAGCUAAAUUGCAUAUAUAUAUACAACGCAUACAUCACUACAUUUAUUGUACAGUACUUACAACUUUCUUGCUAGUUAUUUAGUCAGUGAACAAACAAUACAUUCUAAUGGUACGUCAUAAUUUCAUCUGAUUAUGGGAAAUGUUGUAAUAAUUCACCCAAAUGUGACUUACUAAUUAUAGACACACAGAGUGAGACAAUUGCAAAUAAUACAUUUUCAGAUAUAUUUAGUGGCAGUGGAUCUUUAAAAGUAUACUAUAAAGAUAUAGUAUGAAACCUGCUACAACUUGGCUGCACAUUUUGUCUCUUCGUGUAGUAUCAGGAGGCCAAAUGAUUUGGUCAAACGGAGCAUACCCAUAAUCUCUCAAUGCUGAAAAUGCUCUUAUAAGGUUUAACAUGGCCGGAAUAUUUGCAUUAUUUAGUUCAUGCUCCAUGUGUUUGUAGAUGUUAGAAUGCUUCGAUCUUUAUUGAAAACAAUGCAUGCCAGGUGUACAUUUUGCAAGUUCAGUGCAGCUAUGAUAGUUAUUGUGUUCAGAGUAAUCUCCAAUCUGCCAUUCUACCUGUAAAAGCAUGUUGACAUUUCAUUAGUUUAGAUUGAGUCAAGUCAAAUAUUACCGCUUUUUUCACAUGAUUUCUUAUUAAGACAUCGUCUUUUCUUGAUGAUUCAUUCUGGUUUUGCAGUUAAGUGCCAAACAGGGACAUUUUAUUCUCUGCACUAGCAAAACAUUCUGACAUUACACCAUUAUUAUACCAAAACAAGUAUUUUUAUACAAUAAUCUAUACUUUUGCUUGUUUCAAAAAGUAGUGAAAAACAACAAAAACAAUCAAGAAAAGCUCUGUUAUAAGAUCCAUAACAUGCAAACUAUGUUUAAACUAAGUGAGUGUGGUCUUUUUG